AUGGCAUGGGUUAGAGCUACUCCUGCUAAGAUUUGGAAAGGAUCGCCAAUGGCCACCCUUCGCCGCGCUACACUCGGAAGUUUAAGCAGUCGGGCUGCGAUGAUACGACCUGAGGUUUUGGCGAACCUCGUGAAACUCCGCGAUCUCUACCUCACUCCUGGACUGUGCAACCCUAUCAAUCUCUAUGUCCAGAAGCCGCCACCAUCAUAUACAUCUCCUAAGCCACCGCUGAGUCCACCUCCAUACUUCCCGUCUGAAAAUGAUAACCCCUUUCCACCGCCGUCUCCUAAAGAUCCUUCAUAUCGCUGCGACCCUGGGCAAAAACGAGUCGCACAAGAAGAUACCCAAGGCGAUCAUAAGAGGAUGAAACAAGAUAGACUUCCUAAGAUCCAAGACCUCAAAGAAACACUCAACCUUGGGCCUGAAUGGACUGUGAAUCAUAUCUGCCGACGAUGGGUACCUCUUUGCUGA